GCUGGUGAUGGCGGUGCUGAGGCAGGAGGAGGCGGGGUGGCUGCUCGACCAUCUCUCCCACAUCAACAACAGCUAUCGCUGCUGUCACGGCCCCGGCGGCUCCGGCCCGAGCGCGGGCGGUUACGUGUUCCGGCCCGAGUACUUCUCCCUCCUGAGGCCGCACAUCCUGGCGGGUGGCGGGGGCGAGGCUGCGGGAGAGGCCGGGGCUGAGGGAGAGGCCUCGGCGCGGAGGCGGCGGAAGCGCCGGUGCCGGGAACUGAACACGGGGGAGGCGGAGGCGCGGGAAUAUCACGCCGGAGUCAGGCUGGCCAUCGAGAGCGGCGCCCGGCGGCUGCUGGCGGGAGAGAGCGAGGCCCGGGGACCCGGCCUCGGCCUGGAUCUCACCGCAGGCCCCGGCUCCACCGCGGGCCUAGGCCGCACCGCGAGCCUCGGCCUCGCCUCAAAGCCCAGCCCGGCGCCCCCCGGGGACCCCCGGCUGGCUGAGCUGUGCCUGAUGGCGGCCCGGCUGCCCCGGGGCCCGGGCGGUGGGCCGCAGGCGUUGGGGGAGACACCGGCCGAGGAGCUGGACCUGUUCGGCCGAGUGACGGAGAACCGGUCGGGCUGCGCGCGGGUGGCCCGGCUCCUGGGGCAGCCUUACCUCCUGCCGCCGGCCUCCCGCUUCCUCCUGUCCGACCUGAGCCGCCUGGAGCCGCUGCUGCUGCUGCUGACGACGACGACGGCGGCGGCGGCGGCGGCGCCCGAGGCCUCGGGGGGUCGGUACGGGCUGAUCACGCUCGACCCGCCCUGGGAGAACCGGUCGGUGAGGCGGAGCGGCCGCUACCCGAGCCUGGCCCCCGCGGACAUCAAGCGGCUCCCGGUCCCCGCGCUGGCGGCUCCCGGCUGCCUGGUGGCCACGUGGGUCACCAACCGCCAGCGACACCGGCGCUUCGUGCGGGAGGAGCUGUACCCGCACUGGGGGCUCCGGGCCGCGGCCGAGUGGCACUGGGUCAAGGUCACCCGCGCCGGGGACUUCGUCUUCCCGCUCGACUCGCCGCAUAAGAAGCCGUACGAGACCCUGGUGCUGGGCACCUACGGCCCGGGCCCGGGCCUCACCCCAGCCCCGGGCUCCCUCCCGGGCCUCAUCCCAGACCACAGGCUGCUGGUCAGCGUGCCCUGCUCCCUGCACUCCCACAAGCCGCCCCUGGGCCCUGUGCUGGAGCUGGCCGGCCUGGUGGCCCCCGGGGCCCCGAAGCUCGAGCUGUUCGCCCGCAGCCUGCAGCCCGGCUGGACCAGUUGGGGCAACGAGGUCCUCAAGUUCCAGCACCUGGAUUAUUUCCUCAAGGCGGGCACUGGGCAGGGCUGCUGCCCACAGGCUGGCACCUCACCCUCACCCUCACCCGCUCAC